AUGGGGCUUGUCACCACAUGUUGCUUGAUCGCGUGCCACUGUCUUGAGCUGGCAGCCUGCGCAAUUCCCGCGGCUCGAGCUGAAAUUCAUGUGGCGGAUCCAUUUGCAAAGAGGAAUGUGGUGCUGAGAGACAUGGGGCUGUUGAAAGUCGGCAAGCCUUUGCACUGGAAUGAUUCCUUGGAGCACUGCCAGUACGUUCGUCGCCACGGGGUUCUUCAGUUCAUUGCGACGCACAAGCGUUUGCGACACCUGGAGAACGAUCGCCUUUUCUACGGAGACGAAAUUGAGUAUGCAUUGUUGAAGCUGGACCCCUCCAGCAAGCGAGUGCAGUUGACCUUGAGGGGGCCUGAGGUUAUGGAGGGUCUGCGGAAGCAGGAGCAGGACAUGAAUGCUUUUCGAGGGUGUGCGUGGCAUCAAGAGUAUGGCAGCUGGAUGCUGGAGGGCACCCCCAGCCUCCCGUAUGGUGGCUACACCAUGAGCCUCGUGAGUGUGGAACAGAAUAUGAGACUUCGCCGUGGAAGACUUCUCUCCGUGCUGAAUGAUGAUGAGAUUGCUCCGACUCUGGUGACAUUCCCGUUGAUGGGUGUGGGGGAGUUCGUGCAUCCCUUCGCGCCACCUGGCGGUGAAGCCUCGCAAUCGGAGUACGUCCCAGACACUUGCAUCAACCCCCACCCCAGGUUUGCAACCCUUACGGGCAACAUUCGGCGACGACGAGGAGAGAAGGUUGACAUCCGGGUCCCUCUCUUCAAGGACGUGAACACAAAAGAGUUCGAAAGCGACCCCGAACCCAACAUUCACAUGGAUUGCAUGGCCUUUGGCAUGGGCUGCUGCUGCCUCCAAGUAACAUUCCAGGCCAGCGAUAUCGACGAGUCGCGGCUCCUGUAUGACCAGCUUGCCGUCCUCGCGCCGAUCAUGAUGGCACUCACGGCUGCGACGCCUGUGGUGAAGGGCCGGCUGGCGGCCACCGAUGUACGCUGGAACAUCAUCAGCCAAUCAGUGGAUGACCGGACCCCAGCUGAACGCGGCGAGGGCGAAUCCAAGCCCGAUCAGCGUAUGGCAGGGGCUGGAACGCGCAGGCAGAGCAAGAGUCGGUACGACUCCAUCUCCUGCUACAUCCACCCAGCUUCCGCCGGCUACAACGACAUCGUCUGCGAAGUCGAUGAAGAAAUGGAGUCUCUCCUUUCGAAGGAAGGAGUUGACGACGCACUUUCCAAGCAUAUCUCUCAUUUGUUCACUCGCGACCCACUCGUGGUCUUCGAAGGCCAUGUGGAGCUUGAUGAUGAGCAGUCCACCGAUCACUUCGAGAGCAUUCAAUCCACAAAUUGGCAGACGGUUCGCUGGAAGCCACCUCCAAUCCCAAGCACCGCUUGCUCUCCUCAUAUUGGCUGGCGGACUGAGUUCCGUUCAAUGGAAGUCCAGCUGACAGAUUUCGAGAAUGCAGCCUUCACCGCCUUCAUCGUCAUCGUGACGCGCGCCAUCCUGGUGUUCAACCUGACCCUUCUCUCACCUUUGUCUCUGGUAGACGAGAACAUGAAGCGAGCCCAUGGAGUAGAUUCCGUGCGGCAGAGCAAGUUCUGGUUCCGGAAGCACAUUCUGCCGGAUGACACUGACGAGAUGAUGCAUCAGUUUUGUCCACAGCUGGGCCCCAAGGCAGAGUCCAAGUCUAGCCAUGAGGAAAUGACCAUGGACGAAAUCAUGAAUGGCAAGAGCUGCUAUUUUCCGGGACUGGUACCUUUAUGUUACGCAUACUUGGAGCACAUCGGCUGUGACGAGAGCUCCUUCAAGAGGCUAGACCAAUACUUGAAGCUCAUCAAGGACAGGGCCACAGGUGAGUUGAUGACGCCCGCAACCUGGAUGCGGAACUUCGUGCACUCUCACAAGGACUACAAGCUGGACUCCGUGGUCUCGGAGACGAUUGCUUACGACCUUGUCCAUGCUUGCAGUGAUAUCGGCCUUGGAAGACGGCCCUGUCCGGAGUUGCUCGGAGAUGUUCUUAUCGAGCCUGUGCACAAGGAGGGUCACUAUGAGACACCGCUCUUUGGGGAGAAGCUUGGCCCGGAAGAUCGACGGGGUUUACUGCACAAGAUCAUGUCUCGAGCGGCCCAAUGUGAUGGGACAUUCUCUGCUCCAUCCAGUGCACAUAUGCGCCGCCAAAGUAGUGGACUGGCUACCGCGUUGGAGCCGCCGGUCAGCAGACAGGGGAGCCUGGAACUCCGAGAACAGGGAGGUUAUGCCUGA